AGAGAGAGGGAGGGGAGAGAGAGAAAGGGAUACACACACAGAGAGAGGCGGAUUACAAUUCCCAUCCUCCUUGACCAUGAUAGCUGACAGGUCUUCAGCAGGAAGCGUGGCCAAAUACCUUCCCUGUUGUUCGAAAUGUCCAGCUAGCUGAAGACUGCCCCGAGUUCUAAUCCCUCCUGAAAAGAAGAUGGAUGGCCGUUCCUCAACCUACCUCACAGGGUUGUUUGGAAGAUGACACGGAGAAGGAAACUGAGCUCCCUGGACGAGGGCCUGUCGUUUGGGGGGGGGGUUCACGGAAAGUGAGGCGCUCUCUGCCAACCUCUUCUUGCCUUUUAGGAGAACAGCUGGUGAAACGCUGCACGGACACAUCCUCGACCGAUUGUGAAUCAUGCGAUGAGAAUUACUACAACGAUGCCUAUACCUACUCACGGUGUAAACCUUGCACAGAAUGUCACGCCGACCGAGGCCUCCGGGAGAUAAGAUCGUGCCAGAGGACUUCAAACACCGUCUGCGCCUGUCUUCCCGGCCACGCUCCGGAAGAGAGCAGAGAGAGCGGAGAGGAGAAAAGAUGCAAACGCUGUCCCAGGGGUAUUUUUCCCUCGGAGGGAACGAGAAAUGUCGUCCUUGGACCAAGUAGGUAUGUUGUGGCCUGUCGGCAGAUCAACGGCGGGAGAAUCCUACGACCCGGGAAGCAGGACAUGGAUACAAUUUGUGACAUGCCGUCCAGCAAGAUUGCCACACAGCGCACCAUGACGCAACCUUCUACCUUUCCAAAGGAGAGCACCGUCUUCACCAGUUCAUCUCCAGUUGUUGUGCUACAAAUCCAGGUAAAUUACCCGUAA